AUGGAUGAAUCGAAAGAACUCAGCAUCAACACCCAUGAGCUAUCGGCGGAGCCCACAGACGAAGGGCCAUGGAUCCGAUUCUUGACUCUCGUGCGAUGGUAUCCAACUGAUAUGAGCUAUCUGGAAAAGCGACUGGUACUGAAGCUCGACCUCCUAAUUCUAACAUUUGGAUGUCUUUCUUUCUUCACAAAAUAUCUGGAUCAACAAGCCAUCACGAAUGCUUAUGUAUCUGGAAUGAAAGAAGAUCUCGGACUCAAGGGGAAUGAAAUCAAUUACAUAACCACCGCUUUCUGGGUAGCAUACUGCGUAUCCAUGAUCCCGGCAUGCUAUUUCCUCACUCGAAGUCCAAUCAAUAUCAUUUUGCCAACACUCGAGGCAGGAUGGGGACUGUUCACCUUUGGCUGUGCAUGGGCACAAAACCUUACCACAAUCUAUGCAAUGAGAGUCCUUAUUGGUAUUUGCGAGACUUGUUCGUUUACUGGCGUUAUCUAUGUGAUUGGGUCGUGGUAUAAACCUCAGGAGAUCGGCAGACGGGUCUCCCUGUUUUUCAUCGCCUCGCCACUGGGGACUAUGUUUGCCGGUUAUCUGCAGGCGGCGGCGUAUACCAAUUUGAACAACACGCAUGGCCUAGCUGGAUGGAGAUGGCUGUUUAUUGUCUGCACCGUCAUUACCAUACCUAUAUGCAUUCUGGGCUACGUCGCCUUCCUCGAUGUCCCUCACCGCGCAAAACCACGCUUCCUCACAGAAAAAGAGCACGAACUAGCCAAUGCUCGUCUAGUUGGUCUUACAGCCCCCAGUCAACUUACUGUUUCUGUCGACAUCUUCAAAAGGGUGUUCGGUCGCUGGCACUGGUAUGUAUUUGUUACACAGUGGAUUUUAGUCGACCAAAACUUUCUCGCCUCGUCGACUCCAUUCAAUCUUUAUCUGAAGGCUAAGCCGGAGAUAUACUCCGUCUCGAGGGUGAACACUCUACCGACUAUCGCUACGGCCGUUUCGAUUGUUGCUGCUCUGAUAGCUGGUACUGCUGCCGAUAAGACGCGGAACAUCUGGCUUCCUUGCAUUGUUGUCUCGCUUCCCGUGAUGUUGGGUCUGAUCUUGCUAGUUGUCUGGGAUGUUGGAGAAGCUGGUCGGCUUGCGGGUUUCAUUCUUACUGGUACCGAGGGUGCAAUGAGUCCCCUUACCAUGAGCUGGGCGACCCUGACCAUGGCCAAUGAUGCCGAGGAACGCGCCAUCGUAACGGCCAGUAUGAAUGCAAUUGGCCAGGCAAUGUCUGCUUGGACGCAGCUACUUCAAUAUCCUGCUGUAGAAGCCCCGAACUUUCGCAAGGGAUUUAUUUCGAAUUUAGCGACGACCGUGGCGCAAUUGGGUGUUGUGGCCGUUAUCGCAGUCCUUACCCGGUAUGAUCGACGGCACAAAGGAAGGCAGGUGUUGGAAACUAGCUAG